AUGGUUCAUGUCGAAGAAAGCUUGCAGAUACCCCGGGACUUUGAGGGUUUCGGCGAGGAGGGCUUCGAUCCAAAAUGGCCAGAUGGUGCCCGUAUCGCGGUUUCUUUCGUCCUCAACUAUGAGGAAGGCGGAGAACGAAGCACAUUGGACGGAGACCCUUUCUCAGAACCUUACUUAUGGGAGAAAGGCGCAUCCGGUGGCUACAAAGAAGGCGCCAGGUACCUCAAUGCUGAGCAAGACUUUGAGUAUGGCAGUCGCUCAGCCUCUUGGCGUCUUAUCCGUCUCUUCAAAGAGUUUGGCUGGAGCUUCACUACUUACGCUGUAGCGCACGCGCUCAAGCGUAACCCAACCUUUGCAAAGGCGCUGGUCCGAGACGGGCACGAAAUCGCUUGUCACGGACUCAGAUGGCUGGAUAUCUGGAACUAUUCACUCGAGGAGGACAAGGAAUACAUCAAACAGAACAUCCUGAUGCUGAAGGAAGUAUCAGGUGAGAUGCCCGUCGGCGCUUACUUUGGCCGUGGUACACCCAAUACCCCCUCGCUAUUCCCGGAAGUAUGGAAGAGUCUUGGAGGAGAGUUUCUCUGGUCUUCUGAAUGCUACAACGAUGAUGUUCCUUACUGGCUCGACUUGCCAUGGGAGAAGGAGUUGCCAGAGGAGAAGCGAGAAGGCAUGCUGCUUAUCCCCUACAAUUAUGAUUGCAACGAUGGAAAAUUUCACAUGUCGCCCGGCUUUGGCAGCUCUGUUGCGGAGACGUAUGAGCAGUAUUUGAAGAACACCUUUGAUUGCUUGUACAGAGAGGGCGGCAAGCUGAUGAACAUUCCAUUGCAUACACGUAUCAUUGGCAAACCAGGCAGAUCGGAGGCUUUGAGGAAGUUCAUGAAGUACAUUGCGGAAAAAGAAGGAGAAGUGGAUGAAGGGCAAAUGAAUCACAUGUAUGUAGUCAAUAUCAAAUUGUUUGACCGUGAUUCUCAGAUUUCGGCCAGAAAGCACCCUGUCGAGACGGUCGAAUGCCGAAAACGGCCAGUUGACACAAAUAUGGUCGGAACCUCCGAUCGGAGGCGGCAUCGGCAAAUUUUAGGAGGAUCCGACAAGACGGGCAUGACGUCCGAAACUCAGAACUCGGUAUCACCGCCCCUGGCCACGCCCGGGGCUGUAGCUGUGAACCCCCGGAAGAGGGGCAGGACUGCAUGUACGAGAUGCAAAAGUCGUAAGCAGAAGGUCCAGUGUGACGACCAAUAUCCUAUUUGCUCCAAUUGUCGUAAAUCAGGAGCACAGUGUGAUAAGACAGAUGUCUCCGACGAUGCUUCAUCGAUUGCAUACACACGAGCUCUCGAAGAGCGAGUAGCUUUCUUGGAGAACAAGCUAGCCCAAGUCCCUACCCCAGAAGCAACCACAACUCCAAGGGAAACCGCAAGCAACUACUCGGUUCCGUCGGGUAGAGACAAAAAUGCCCUCAGUGACGUUGUAGCACACGUCUCGCUAGGAAACUUCGAGGCGCCGGCUUAUGUUGGACCCUCGUCUGGACUAUCCCUAGCCCUGAAUCUUGGCGAGAUGGUUCAAGCGACUGUCUGGAAUAAGAUGUUGCCAGACAUACAGGAUAGCACUACAGGCAAUCAAGCUAACUGCAUCAAUCCCAGUCCGAGAUGCAUCACAGUGGAAGAUCUUUUGGCUCAUAGUGUCAAGGAACCUCCAAGUGAUGAGCAGGGUUCUCAAAUGCUCAAAGCGUACACUUCUCAGCUGCACUCCAAGUACCCUUUCCUGGAGCCUGAGGAGUUGUGGAAGUUGCAUAGCGAGAGAAUGACUCUGGCUGCUAAACCAACACAAACUCUUACAAGGAUUGAACGCUUCGGUAUCUUCAAGUUGUACCUUGUAUACGCUAUGGGGGCAACUUUAGUGCAAUUGACGCAAAGGGGGCCAGUGUUAUCUCCAGAGCAUAUCUCAGCAGCCAGAGAGUCGAGAACAGUCCAGAACAUCGAGGCAAUGACGUUACUCGUGAUGUUCCAUCUUCGGUCAACAUCUAGUCAUGGGCUGUGGUACAUGAUUGGCCUAGCAAUGAGAACAUCAAUCGAUCUCGGCUUACAUCAUGCGGCACAUGAACAAAAUCUUGAUGGUCCUAUCGUUCAAAGAAGACGCAGGCUUUUUUGGUCUGUCUAUUCUCUUGAAAGAACCAUAGCAGUGUCGCUGGGUCGGCCUUUAAGCAUCGCAGAUAACCAGAUCGACGUUGAGCUUCCGAAUACCAUCAUCAACGGGAGCCCAUCUGCUUCGGUCCUUGUCGGGAACGACAUCACUCUAGCACUUGUUCUUUUUAAGCUUCGCAGGAUCGAGUCCAAGAUUCACCACUCGGUCUAUCGUACGGACAAGACUUUGGACGCACUCCGGCCCAAACUAGACCGGCUGCAUCAGCAACUCAAAUUCUGGCGGGACUCUCUGAGGGAUUGGAUUCCUGCAGGUCAUCCAGAUCUGAACUAUGCGCUUCUGCUCUACAAUCGUGCGCUCCGUCUUCUGAUACAGCCAUUUUUGCCGAUACUACCAGCAACAGACCCGUUCUACGGACUGUGCAUGCGAGCCGCAGGUGACAUAUGCCAAGCACAUAAGAGAUUGCAUCAGACGCUAGACUACGGCCACAGCUUCAUCGCAGUCCAAACAGUCUUUGUUGCAGGAGUCACUCUCGUGUAUGGAAUCUGGACCCAGGGUAAUGCCCUUUGGUCGGUGGCUGUGUCAAACGAUAUCAGAGCUUGCUCCCUAGUGCUCUUCGUCAUGAGCGAGAGGGCUCCCUGGGUACGUAAGUACCGAGACGCAUUUGAGGUGCUUGUCAAUGCAGCCAUGGAAAAGCUUCAGGACAACGAGGCUGGCCUUGCUGAGAUGGCCUCGGCCCAAAUGAGAGCCGGCAAAGCACCGGGUGCGGCUGAUAGCCGUGGAGUACAAAAUCCUGACCUCAGUGGGAACGAGACCACGACGCGUCCGAUUGAUAGCACUUACAAUCAAUUCUUGAUGUCUGAAGACGGUGGAAUAGCGCUUGGGGAGUUUGAGGGCGCUUGGCCGAUGGUUGCAGAGCUUGCAAAUUGGAUCGAUCAGGACACAGAAGGUGCAAGUCCUGUCUGGAUGCCGAAUUUUGAGUUACUACAGAGUCUUUCAGGCACUUGGAACGAAUAG